UCUUUUAAAACGACUCAAAACGAUUAUCAAAACAGUUGCUGGUUAAUAUUCUGUCAGUCGUUGCAGCUCUAUGUUAUGUGGAACAGUAGUCUUAAGGCUGAUCGCUGUUAUUGCUCUAUAAAAUAGUGCUUUAACAAUGCAGUAUUUAGAAGAGUAAACAAGCUAUAUUUGAGGCUUGAGAUAAUCUCUUCAACACACCACUAGGCUGUUAUUUAAUCAUAAAAGUGGGACAAAGCUCUACUGUAUAAACAUAUCACCUGUGGUUGAGUCUUUCCAUUAGGUCUCACUCUGGAGGAUUUAAUGGCUCAGACUGAACAAUACAUGGUCACAGGCUUUUAGGUUAAACAAACAAACACACAGGAGCACCUGACUAAAUACAUGACUUUGUAUCAGUGGUAUAAGGGGCUGUGAAUGUGUCAUAAAGGAGGCAUAAAGGUCAGAGAUGACUCAUGUGAUUCAUCUUGAUCAUGUCCGUGGUUUACCGGCCUGCUGUUCUCUUCUCUCAGUAGUUUGUGUUGCUGUUUGCAUGUUUGCAGGAUCCCCUCUCAGGCAGCGCCGCUGCCGGUCACGCUGAGGGCUUUUCUCUCCCCAUCAGUCAAACCUUGUCAUCAGCCUCGACUGAGAAACUAGAGUGCAGAGGAAGUUGUCAUCCGUGCACCUGCUCCACCCCGUUUUGUGCAAAUCUUGAUGCAUGCACGGAAGUUAGGUUUCAGAACAAUAGGGCACAGGUGGUUAGAUGCAGUGCCAGUUGAUCUGUGAGUGAGUGAGUGAAUGUGUGUGUGUGUGUGUGUGCUAGACUGUUUGUUAUGGAGUUGUAACAGUAUGACAGAGGCUGGGUGUGCAUAGGUUGUCUUGUAGAGCAAAAAAAUCAAAGUGUGGAAAGGCAGAAAAAGUCUGAAAAAGUCAGAGAACCCAAGUGUGUCGAGUUGGACAGGUGAAAGUCAGGAAUGGGGACAAUCCCAGACGACAUCAGGAGGCUCUUGGACGACUGUGAGCUGUUUGUAUCAGACAUCCUUCAAGAUGAGGACCUCAGCGAAAAGACUCAAGAGACACGACUCGUUUUACUGAAUAACUUCAGGGUGGUCCACACAAGAAACCCUCAGGAAUUCCCCUUCCGAACAGACAGGGAAGAAGACGGUUCCGAUGACAAUCGCAGUUCCAGUCUGGGUCGUUCCGCCCAGUCAGACGAUGCUUCGGUAGCUUCUGACUACCAGGAUGACGGAGCCGUUGAGUACUUCGAAGACAUCUCUCCUGUGGCAGCUCAAGACCUCAACAACAUCUUGAAGCAAGGCUACUUGGAAAAGAAACGAAGAGACCACAGCUUCUUCGGCUCAGAGUGGCAGAAGAGAUGGUGCGUCCUCAACAAUUCCAUAUUCUACUACUUUGGGACUGAAAAAGAUAAACAGCAGAAGGGCUCAUUUCACAUCAAUGACUACAGUGUACAGCUGGUGACCAACCUGAGAAAAGACUCCAAAAAAAAUGCCUGUUUUGAGCUCUACGCCCCCGGAAAACGGGCUUUCCAGUUCACUGCCAGCAGUCCUCUGGAGGCCACAGAGUGGGUGAAACAGAUUAAUUUUGUACUUAGAGAUCUCAGCUCCAGCUCCAUCCCCGUCGAUGACGACGAGGAGGAAGAGGAGGACGAAGAGGAGACCUAUGAUGACAUUGAGGGGGUGACCGGCCCUCCCCCUCCUCGGCCGGUCGGCGCUGCCCAGGCCGUUCACAAACACGGAAGAGGGCUGGAGAUGGGAGAGAUGGACGAAGAGGACGAGGAUAUCUAUGAGGUGCUGCCAGAAGAGGAUUUUCCAGAUCCGACAGAUGACAGCAGCGAGAUGAACAACAAACCAGCUUGGUCAUCAGAUUAUGCUAACUACUACCAGGGUUUAUGGGAUUGCCAGGCCGACGAGCCGGACGAGCUGGCCUUCCAGAGAGGAGAUCUCAUCUACAUCAUUAGCAAGGAGUACAACAUUCACGGCUGGUGGGUCGGCGAGCUGAACGGCACCGUGGGUAUCGUCCCCAAGGACUUCCUGCACCCGGCCUACAUCCUCUGAGCUCCCAACAGAGCCGCUGCCGACACGUCCAGCUAUGAAUUCCACCGACAGACGCGUCAGACAAUCUUUUGUAAUUUGGAAAUUAUUCUCCGUCAUCAGACGGUAAAUUUUAUAUCAUGUAAAUGUGCUGCAGUACAAACUCUUUAACGUACACUAUAAAACUAUUAUUAUGUGCUUUCAAACUAUAUUCAUGUUCAAACUAGAGCUCGAAUGAUUAGUCAAUGGAUCAAUCAACUGGAAAUGAACUGUUUCUAACGAGAAGUUUGAUGAUUGAUUAAUCAUUUAAUUAAUUAAUAAAAACUAUAAAACAUUC